AUGAUUUUCAACCCUGUCCUUGCUUGUUUGGCUGGCGGACGCAACAAGGCAGUGGGAGCUAAGGCGUAUGAUCUUCACAACGCAGCGCUGGCUUCAACUGGACUCUCUAUCCUUACCCCUGAGACCAUUUGGGAUGUCGCCAAGCCAGAGAUUCCCCUCUGGGUCGGCAGAAUGGGUGGCCUGGCUGUAGUGAAGGUUCCUUAUGCUAACGCAGGUCAGGGAGUGUGGACAAUCACAAACGAUGAGGAGCUGAAGGAGUUCAUGGCGAUUGAGCAGCGCUAUGACCGGUUCAUUGUUCAGGCCUUGAUUGGGAACAACGGCUGGAGUUCCCAAAGUGUGAGUGGCAGGUUGUACCACGUGGGGACCAUUCCGACAAGCAAAGGGAACAUCUACGCCUCUGACCUGAGGAUGAUGGUGGGGUCCGGAGCAGGUGGCUUCUUUCCAGUGGCCAUCUAUGCACGGAGGGCCAAGCUUCCACUUGCUGAGAAGCUUGAGAGUGGGAUUCAUUCGUGGGACAUGCUUGGAACCAACCUCUCAUACAAGAAUCCGGAUGGGACUUGGGGAACGGAGACAGACAGGCUGCUGCUGAUGGACAGCCGGGACUUCAACAGGCUUGGUGUUGGUACCAGCGAGUCAUCUUGUCUGGUGAAGCGUACAGCAGAUCAAGCAACGGAGCAAGAAGAUGCUCUUGCACAAGAGCUUCAGCUGGAGGUCACAGUUGCAGCUCCUCCUGGAAAGAGAGGGAGGGUUCUCUGA